AUCUUUUCUUUACCUUGUCCAUAUCUUAUCUGACAGGAAACAAGAUAGAACCUUUGGCAAAAUAAGAAGGCAAUUCUUCGAUUCAGUAUGUCCAUGGUUUCUUCACCUGGAUGAAAUUAUCGUUGUUAUGUGGUACUCAUUGUUGUAAAGAUGGCCCCUGUUAUUAGUAAGAGAAUUGGACUGAUGAGAUAUGGUGUGAUGCUCUUUAGCCUGGCUUAUCUUUGCCUUUCAAUUGCCACAGCCAUCUACAUACUGACAUUGAAGAGGAGUAUUGUAGUAACCAUCAUAGCUAUCUACUGCUACGUCCAAGUUUGUGCCAACUGGCGAGCCAUGUUUGCCAAUUCGAACAAGGACUAUGGAAUACAAGUAGAAGAAGGUCUGGAGCAAAAUAUUCAUAACUUCUGUUCUGAAUGCAACAUCUACAAAAACAAAAAAUCCCACCAUUGUCCUUUGUGUGAGUGCUGUGUCCUGCGGCACGAUCACCACUGUUUCUUCCUGGGGACAUGUAUCGGACUGAACAAUCAACGCUACUUUGUCAUUUUGUGUCUGUACACAGGCGUCGGUUCUCUUUACUUAUCCCUUCAGAUAUUUCUCGCGUCUGAUUGGGUCUUUAACCGAUGGUUUAAUUAUUUGGAGUUGUUUAUGCCAUUCGGUUACGCCUUUUCCUUGGCCAGAACAACAACCCUUUCAGGUGCAUAUUUGGUGAUUGUGUACAAUUUGUCGGCGACCAUUGGCAUGUUCUGUAUGUAUAUGUUUGGCCUCCAAGUUCAUCUUUUGUCUCAGAGCGUCACGUGGCACGAGUUUAACUCGAAAACUCACGUUUCUAAGAAUCAGCAAAUACUUACGACGUGGUCCAACUUCACGACCAAUUUUGGCCACGGUUUGCUCCAUUUCAUCGUCCCAGUAAUGUCCGGAUUCCUACCUUCUAGUAAAGGUAAAUUUCCUCGUACCAAGUCUGAUGAAAGAGUUUAUUAAAGCGCAUCAAAUAAAACGGAACAACUUUAUAAUAGAAUGAUCUUGAAUAUAAAAGACAUACGUUUUGCUA